AUGGCUCACGAAAACGUCUGGUUCUCCCACCCAAGAAGAUUUGGUCAGGGCUCUCGUCAAUGCCGUGUUUGUGCUUCUCACCACGGUUUGAUUAGAAAGUACGAUUUGAACAUCUGUCGUCAAUGCUUCAGAGAAAAGGCUAACGACAUCGGCUUCCACAAGUACAGAUAA